CUACCCCCUUUCUUCUCAAAUCUUCUCCAUCCAACUUGUUCCCAGUCUGGCUCAAAUAGGGAGGCAAAUGGGUUGAAGCUAAGAGAGUUGAAUCUUAAGAAUGGAGAUGAAAUAAGUGAAUGUUUACAAACCUUAGCCUCUGUUACAUCAUGGGUUACCCAGAAACAGAAAAAGUUGCGUUCUUGAUGGAUGCUCUGUACUGCGAAGAGGAGCAAUGGGGUUUCCUGGAAGAAGAAGAAGAAGAGGAGGAAGAGGAAGAGAGGUUUUGCCGCGAUGAGAUUGAUGCAGUUCUGGGAGAGCAGGAUUUGUUUUGGGAAGACGAUGAGCUCUGUUCUUUGUUUUCUAAAGAACAGGAGAGUCUGAGUGAGUUGCGGGGUGGUUUUGAGGGAAAUUUAUGUGUGGGUAAAGCAAGAAAAGAGGGUGUGGAGUGGGUCUUGAAAGUGGUUUCUUAUUAUUGUUUCUCAGCUCAAACUGCGCUUCUGGCUGUGAACUAUCUUGAUGGGUUCCUCUGCAGUUUAGAGCCCCAAACUCAGAAGCCAUGGACGAGUCAACUCGCGGCUGUGGCUUGUCUCUCUCUGGCUGCCAAAGUGGAAGAGAUUCAUGUGCCACUUCUCCUAGAUUUCCAAGUUGAGGAAUCAAAGUACAUGUUCGAGGCCAAAACGAUCCAAAGAAUGGAACUACUGAUUCUGUCCAAUCGCCAGUGGAAAAUGAACCCUGUCACCCCAUUCUCCUUUCUUGAUUACAUUGCAAGAAGACUGGGGCUAAAGAACCCCAUCUGCUGCGACUUUCUCAGGAGAUGUGAACGUGUGCUGUUGUCCAUAAUCCCUGAUUGCAGAUUCAAGUGUUACCUACCCUCUGAGACUGCGGCUGCCACAAUGCUACAUGUCAUUGGCAAACUACAACCAAGCAUUGGCGAGGAGUCCCAAGAACAGCUGCUCAGCAUUCUGGGAACCAACAAGGAGAAACUAGAGGAAUGUCGUAGGCUAAUCAAAGAGGCGGAGACAAGAAUGCGAUCUGGUUGGGCUUACAAUAAGCGCAAAUUCGGGAUGGGAAUGCCAUUGCCGAGGAGCCCAAAAGGGGUGAUGGAUGUGUCGUUUAGCUCCGAAGAUUGGAAUGAUUCAUCAGUGUCUUCAUCCCCAGAGCCAUUAUCAAAGAGGACCAAGAACACUACUACUAGCCAAGAUUAAUUAGCUUUAUAAUUUUCUUAGUAUAGACUAGUCAUGACUAUAUAGUAAUAAUGUCCAAAUAAUGUUAAAUUGCUUACCAUCUUUACAGUUUCAAUCCAACCCCCUUUUCAUAUGUGCUUUGGUUAACUGUGUAUGUAUGAUGGGGCAUGGAGAUUUGUACCCUAUACUAGAGGUGGAGAUGGUUGGCAUUUUAUCCAUAAGGAAACCCAAAAAAAAGGAGCAAUCAAGAGGAGACUUUAAUUA